AUGGCAUCCCCCAGCCAGGUCAUCGUCGUCGGAGGCGGUCUCGCCGGAUUCUCUGCCGCUAACACGGUAUUGGAGAAUGGCGGCAACGUUCUCUUAAUUGAUAAGUCUGCCUUCUGCGGCGGUAAUUCUUCCAAGGCUACCUCUGGUAUCAACGGUUCUUGCACUAGAACUCAGAAGAAGCUCGGCGUUGAGGAUUCCAACGAGCUCUUCGAGUCCGAUUGCAUGAAGGGUGGCUCCAAGAGCCCCGAACUCAUCAAGACCAUGGUCGAGCAUUCCGGUAACUCCGUCAACUGGUUGAUGGAUAACUUCGAUCUUGAUUUGUCCCUUCUCGCCCGUUUGGGUGGUCACUCCGCUGAGCGUACCCAUCGUGGUAAGGAGCGCUUCCCUGGUAUGACCAUCACCUACGCCCAGAUUCAGAUGGCUGAGGCUAUUUCCAAGGCCCAGCCCAGCAGGUGCCAAAUUAUCAACAAGGCUCGUGCCACUGAUCUUAUCAAGAACGAGAAGGGUGAGGUUGUUGGUGUUGAGUACACUACUAAGGAUGGCCAGACCCAUAAGGUCUAUGGCCCCGUCAUUCUUGCCACUGGUGGUUUCGGUGCCGAUUUCUCCAAGGACGGUCUUCUCGCCAAGUACCGCCCUGAUCUUCUCAAGCUCUCCACUACCAAUGGUGAGCACUGCACUGGUGAUGGAAUCAAGAUGGGUAUGGCCGCCGGUGCCGACACCGUCGAUCUCGAGUGGGUACAGGUCCAUCCUACCGGUCUUGUUAACCCUAAGGACCCUGACUGCAAGGUCAAGUUCCUCGCUGCUGAGGCUCUCCGUGGUGUUGGUGGUCUUCUUCUCGAUGCUGAUGGAAAGCGUUUCUCCAACGAGCUCGGCCGUCGUGAUUACGUCUCCAACAGGAUGUUCGCCAACAAGGGACCCUUCCGCCUCGUCCUCAAUUCCGCCGCUGCCAACGAUAUUCACUGGCAUGUCGAGCAUUACGAGGGCCGUGGUGUCAUGAAGCACUUCAAGAGCGGUUAUGAUCUCGCCAAGGAGAUGGGUAUUGCCCCCUCCACCCUCGAGCAGACCUUCAAGAGCUACAUCGAGGUUGGUGACAAGCAGACUGCCGAUCCUAACAAUGGUCCCUAUGAUGCCUAUCCCUCUGGAAAGACUUGGGAUGAGUGGGGAAAGAAGUUCUUCAAGAACUACAACUACAAGAUGGAUGACGAGUUUGAUGUUGCCAUCGUCACUCCUCUCGUUCACUACUGCAUGGGUGGUUUGAAGAUCGAUACUACCGGUCGCGUCCUCGACACUGAGGGCAAGCCUAUCCGCGGUCUCUACGCCGCCGGUGAGCUCAUGGGAGGCGUCCACGGCAACAACCGUUUGGGUGGUAACUCUCUUCUCGAUUGCGUCGUCUUCGGUCGCCUCACUGGUAAGGAUGCUGCUAAGACUUUCUUGCCGGCUCAUGAGCACAUUCCUCUCAAGGAUCUCGCUGAAGGCAGGACUGAAGCUAGCAAGCGCGCCAUUGUCGUUGGAGGUGGUCUCGCCGGUUUCUCUGCCGCCAACACCGUCCUUGAGCACGGUGGUGAGGUUCUCCUUCUCGAUAAAUCUGCCUUCUGUGGUGGUAACUCUUCCAAGGCUACCUCUGGUAUCAACGGCUCUUGCACUAGAACUCAGAAGAAGCUCGGCGUUGAGGAUUCCAACGAGCUCUUCGAGUCCGAUUGCAUGAAGGGUGGUUCCAAGAGCCCCGAACUCAUCAAGACCAUGGUCGAGCAUUCUGGAGAAUCUGUCGACUGGCUCGUCGAUAACUUCGAUCUUGACCUUUCUCUCCUUGCCCGUCUUGGUGGCCACUCCGCUGAGCGUACUCAUCGUGGCAAGGAGCGCUUCCCUGGUAUGACUAUCACCUACGCUGAGAUUCAGAUGGCUGAGGCUAUUUCCAAGGCCCACCCUGACAAGUGCCAGAUCAUCAACAAGGCUCGUGUUACUGAUCUCAUCUGCAACGGUGAUGGUGAGGUUGUCGGUGUGCAUUAUGAGAAGGCUGGCAAGGGUUAUUCUGUCUUCGGACCUGUUAUUCUCGCUUCCGGUGGCUUCGGUGCCGAUUUCUCCAAGGACGGUCUUCUCGCCAAGUACCGCCCUGAUCUUCUCAAGCUCUCCACUACUAAUGGUGAGCACUGCACUGGUGAUGGAAUCAAGAUGGGUAUGGCCGUCGGUGCCGACACUGUCGAUCUCGAGUGGGUACAGGUCCAUCCUACCGGUCUUGUCAAUCCUAAGGACCCUGACUGCAAGGUCAAGUUCCUCGCUGCUGAGGCUCUCCGUGGUGUUGGUGGCCUUCUUCUCGAUGCUGAUGGAAAGCGUUUCUCCAACGAGCUCGGCCGUCGUGAUUACGUCUCCAACAAGAUGUUCGCCAACAAGGGACCCUUCCGCCUCGUCCUCAAUUCCGCCGCUGCCAACGAUAUUCACUGGCAUGUCGAGCAUUACGAGGGCCGUGGUGUCAUGAAGCACUUCAAGAGCGGUUAUGAUCUCGCCAAGGAGAUGGGUAUCGCCCCCUCCACCCUCGAGCAGACCUUCAAGAGCUACAUCGAGGUUGGCGACAAGCAGACUGCCGAUCCUAGCAAUGGUCCCUAUGAUGCCUACCCGUCUGGAAAGACUUGGGAUGAGUGGGGAAAGAAGUUCUUCAAGAACUACAACUACAAAAUGGAUGACGAGUUCGAUGUUGCCAUCGUCACUCCUCUCGUUCACUACUGCAUGGGUGGUUUGAAGAUCGAUACUACCGGUCGCGUCCUCGACACUGAGGGCAAGCCUAUCCGCGGUCUCUACGCCGCCGGUGAACUCAUGGGAGGCGUCCACGGCAACAACCGUUUGGGUGGUAACUCUCUUCUCGAUUGCGUCGUCUUCGGUCGCCUCACUGGUAAGGACCUUUGCGACAAUGUUCUUGGCCUCAACACCAAGUUGAGCUUGAAGGACUUGAAGGCCGCACCUGCUGUCGAGAAGGCUGCUCCCGUUGCUGCCACCCCUGCCGCCGCCGCUGCUCCUGCUGCUGCCGCUCCUGCCUCUAAUGGGUACACUUUGGAGGAGGUUGCUAAGCACAACACUGAGAGUGAUUGCUGGGUGGUUCUCAACGGUGAUGUUCUCGAUGUCACUGGAUUCCUCCCCGAACAUCCCGGUGGAAAGCUCGCUAUCAUGACUUUCGCCGGCAAGGAUGCCUCCAAGGAGUUCAACAUGAUCCAUCCCGCUGAUGUUGUCCAGAAGUACGUCCCUGAUGCAAUCCUCGGACCCGUUGUUGAGGCUUCCGCUGCUCCCGCUCCUGUUGCCGCUGCUGCCGCCCCUGUUGCUGCUCCUGCGGCCGCUACCAACGGUUACACUUUGGAGGAGGUUGCCAAGCACAACACCGAGAGUGAUUGCUGGGUUGUUCUAAACGGCCAGGUUUUGGAUGUGACCGACUUCCUCCCUGAGCAUCCCGGUGGAAAGCUCGCUAUUAUGACUUUCGCCGGUAAGGACGCCUCUAAGGAGUUCAAUAUGAUCCAUCCCGCUGAUGUUGUCGAGAAGUACGUGCCCGAGUCUAUCCUUGGACCUGUUGUCGAGGCCUCUGCCGCCGCUGCCGCACCUGUUGCCGCCCCUGCCGCUGCGGCCCCUGCCAACGGUAUCACCAUGGAAGAGGUUGCUAAGCACACCAGUGAGUCUGACUGCUGGGUGGUUGUAAACGGUCAGGUUUUGGAUGUUACCAACUUCCUCCCCGAGCAUCCCGGUGGAAAGCUCGCUAUCAUGACUUUCGCUGGUAAGGAUGCUUCUAAGGAGUUCAACAUGAUCCAUCCUGCUGACGUUAUUGAGAAGUACGCUUCCGAUGCUGUCCUCGGACCUCUUGUUGAGGCUUCUGCUGCUGCCCCUGCUGGUGCUUCCAACAACUUGGCCCAGCCUCUCCUCAGUGACUACUCCGCCAAGGCUACCCCUGCUCAAUGGUGGGGUGAGGAGCGCAACACCAGCGACUUGCAUGGCCCUCUUGGACCUUCUGUCUGGUCGUACUGUGCUGCUCUCUGUUACUUCAUCUGGAUGUUCGUUCUCGAGACUUUGAAGACCAUCUUCACUGUCAAGAACUGGAAGAACAUUUCCGAUAAGUCUGGAUUGACUCGUUCUGCUAUCUUCAUGAUGGUCUUCGUCACGAUCCAUGCCUUGGGUAACAUUCACUUGUUCUUCGGUGCUAUUCACUUCAACGCCUAUGCCUACUUCCUCAACCAUCCUUGCCCCUGGAGCACUCUUCUUCUUCCUGUGGAGAUCUAUCUCCUCGCCUGUGGUCUUUUGCAUGUUACUGUUGCUACUGUGCGCACCUUCAAGUUCAAGAGCAUGAACAGCAGCAUCGAUCAGCUCUGGUUGUUCUUGACUGGCAGCGUUCUUUUCGUGUUCCUUGUCGUCCAUCUCAUCCAGUUCCGCUUCGUCAGCGAGGCCGCCGCUCCCCAGUACUACUUCCGUACCAAGUGGAUGUAUCCCUUCUACUGCAGCGGUGACGAUACCUCUUGCGAGCUUGUCCACUUCAAGGAUCUCUACAAGAUGGAGAUGAAGUACUUCGAGAGCUUCGGCUGGGUUCUCUUCUAUGAGGCUGGUGUUAUCGCUUUCUGGUCUCAUAUGAAGGAGGGUAUUCGCAAGGUUAUUGCUGCCUACGCUGGCAUUCCCCGCAAGUACAAGUCUCAGGCUCAGUUCUUCGGUCAGCUCAUGGCCUGGGUUCUUGGCCUUCUCUACUUCUCUUACCCCUUGUUCAGCUACUUCGCUCCCAUCAAGGAUUGGGCCAAGUACGAUGCUGCUAUGCCCCGCCCUGUUGAGAUGUAA